AUGAGUAAAAGAGCAACAUUGGCACCUAUGAGUAAAAUAUUUAAUAUUCCAUCAGGAGUAGGAACGAGUAAUACAGCAGAAAUUUCUGUUGACGAUAUUAAUAAUUUAAAUGCUGUCGGAAAAUUAGACAUUGUAAAAAAUGACGGAUCGUCCGAUUGUUGUACUGCUACUGUAAUUGGAACUAAUAAUGGAAAUAUUGCGAUGACCGCUGCACAUUGUCUUUAUGAUUUUAACACUCAGACAUGGAAUUAUCAAGUUUAUUUUUAUCCUGGGUACAACAAUGGACAACAAGGUAUAGUUGGAAAACUUACAGCUACAAGAGGGUAUAUAUUUCAAACUUUUGAGGAAAAUCCUAUAACGUAUGAUUAUGGCUUUAUAAAGCUUGAUUACCCGGAAGGAAAAAGAUUGCAAGAUGAUACAGGAUUUUUCAAUUAUGAUCUCAAUAUACUUCGUGAUAAUUAUCCAGUUAAUGUAUUUGGUUAUCCAAUUAACGGUGAAAUGGCCUGUCCCAGAGAUGGACAACAUCUUUGUGAGUACGAAGGACUUUCAUUUGAUAUGCCACCGGAUGUUCCAAACCCCCAAUCGUAUAGAGCUAUAACUAUAGAUGUUGGUGAAUGCUCAAGUGGGGGUCCUUGGGUAAGAGUUUAUGAUCCACAAACUAACACAGGCAAUGUAAUGGGUGUCUCACAUGGUAUAUUACCUGAGCCUUAUCCUGAUGAAAGCGCCGCUUGGUCAUGGACUAGCGAAGAAUUUACAAGGCUAUUGAACUUUGCUGAAAAUAAUUAA